UGCUGGGGUUUAUAAAAAGCGCAAGUAAGGAGUUGAAGGAUGUGGCUUGUUCUGUUUGGAUGAUGCAGGAUUGCUUUAAGCAGUAAGCUUACUGUUUUCAGAUGGCAUUAGCAGCAUCAGUGAUAUAGCUGUGUCAGCCUCCUUGACUACUGGAUGUCUGUGAUCGCACGGAGGGAACUAUAUUUAAGGUCUGCUAUCUUGAGGGUAAUGACUCCAGCACUUACUGAUGGACAGAAUGGCUGCUAAUGCUUUCUCCUCUAUCCCAGAAGAUUCUGAAAGAUAGAUGGGUCUGUGAUGUACUUUUGUGAGACAGGAAAUGCAAUUUUUGGGGGUCUCUGGAAAUAGAAAGGUCAUGCAGCUUGGAACCGGUGAGACAUUACAGUAUCUAAGUCAUCAGAGAAAUGAUGAAGAGGCUGUUGUGGAUAGAGGUGGAACUCGUUCCAUUCUCAAAACACAUUUUGAAAAGGAAGAUCUAGAAGGUCACCGAACGUUGUUCAUUGGAGUCCAUGUGCCACUAGGUGGAAGAAAAAGUCACCGACGCCAUAGGCACCGUGGACAUAAACACAGGAAGAGAGACAGAGAGCGAGAUUCAGGGUUAGAAGAUGGGAGAGAGUCUCCUCCUUUUGACACUCCAUCACAAAGAGUGCAGUUUAUUCUUGGAACAGAAGAUGAUGAUGAAGAACACAUUCCUCAUGAUCUUUUUACUGAGCUUGAUGAAAUUUGUUGGCGUGAAGGAGAGGAUGCGGAGUGGAGGGAGACAGCAAGGUGGUUGAAGUUUGAAGAAGACGUAGAGGAUGGUGGAGAGAGGUGGAGUAAACCGUAUGUUGCCACACUGUCGCUUCAUAGCUUGUUUGAGCUGAGAAGUUGUAUCCUGAAUGGUACAGUUCUGUUGGACAUGAGAGCUAAUUCCAUAGAAGAAAUUGCAGAUAUGAUUCUGGACCAACAAGUGGGCUCUGGGCAGCUCAGUGAGGAUGUUCGUCACAGAGUGCAUGAGGCUUUACUGAAACAGCAUCACCACCAGAACCAGAAGAAGCUGAGCAACAGGAUCCCAAUUGUGAGAUCUUUUGCUGAUAUUGGAAAGAAGCAGUCUGAACCCCAUUCCAUGGAUAAAAAUGCAGGUCAGGUUGUUUCCCCACAGUCUGCUCCAGCCUGUAUUGAAAACAAAAAUGAUGUGAGCAGAGAAAACAGCACUGUUGACUUCAGCAAGGUUGACCUACACUUCAUGAAAAAGAUACCACCUGGAGCUGAAGCAUCGAACAUCUUAGUUGGAGAACUGGAGUUCCUGGACCGUGCAGUUGUAGCUUUUGUUAGGUUAUCUCCUGCAGUGCUGCUUACAGGGCUAGCUGAAGUUCCAAUUCCAACAAGAUUUCUCUUUAUUCUUCUUGGACCUCUGGGUAAAGGGCAACAAUACCAUGAGAUUGGAAGAUCGAUUGCAACACUCAUGACAGAUGAGGUAUUCCAUGAUGUCGCUUACAAAGCUAAAGACCGCAAUGACCUGGUGUCUGGAAUUGAUGAGUUUCUUGAUCAGGUUACUGUUCUCCCUCCUGGAGAGUGGGACCCAACCAUUCGAAUAGAGCCACCUAAAAAUGUUCCCUCUCAGGAGAAGCGUAAGAUCCCAGGAGUGCCAAAUGGAACUGCAGCCCAUGGGGAGGCAGAACAUCCUGGAGGACACUCUGGACCGGAACUGCAACGCACUGGAAAAUUUUUUGGAGGAUUGAUUUUAGAUAUAAAAAGAAAAGCUCCCUUCUUCUGGAGUGACUUCAGGGAUGCUCUCAGCCUGCAGUGUCUGGCAUCAUUUUUAUUUCUCUACUGUGCUUGCAUGUCUCCUGUCAUCACAUUUGGUGGUCUGCUGGGAGAAGCAACUGAAGGUCGUAUAAGUGCAAUAGAAUCGCUGUUUGGAGCAUCCAUGACUGGAAUUGCCUACUCUCUUUUUGGUGGACAGCCUCUCACUAUACUUGGCAGCACAGGACCUGUUUUAGUGUUUGAGAAGAUCCUAUUCAAGUUUUGCAAAGAGUAUGGAUUAUCCUACCUUUCUCUGAGAGCUAGCAUUGGACUCUGGACGGCAAUCCUAUGCAUCAUCCUUGUUGCAACUGAUGCAAGCUCCCUAGUCUGCUACAUAACUCGUUUUACUGAAGAAGCUUUUGCUUCUCUUAUCUGCAUAAUUUUCAUUUAUGAGGCCUUAGAGAAGCUGUUUCAUCUCAGUGAGACAUAUCCAAUCAACAUGCAUAACGAUUUGGAUCUGCUGACAAAGUACUCAUGCAAUUGUGUGGAACCAGAACAUCCUAGCAAUAAAACCUUACGAUACUGGCAGGACUACAAUAUAUCUGCAUCUGAGGUGCCAUGGGGGAACCUAACUGUGUCAGAGUGCAAGAAGUUUCACGGAGAGUUUGUUGGACGAGCCUGUGGUCACCAUGGCCCUUACGUUCCAGAUGUCCUCUUCUGGUCUGUCAUCUUAUUCUUUUCUACAGUCACACUGUCAUCCACCCUGAAGCAGUUCAAAACCAGCCGAUACUUCCCAACCAAGGUGCGAUCCGUUGUCAGCGACUUUGCUGUCUUUCUCACUAUUCUCUCCAUGGUUUUAAUUGACUAUGCCAUUGGGAUUCCAUCACCAAAACUUCAGGUUCCAAAUGCUUUUAAGCCCACCAGAGAUGAUCGUGGCUGGUUUAUCACCCCUCUGGGGCCUAAUCCUUGGUGGACAGUGAUAGCUGCUGUAAUUCCAGCCCUGCUCUGCACUAUCCUUAUCUUUAUGGACCAGCAGAUCACAGCUGUCAUUAUCAAUAGAAAAGAACACAAACUAAAGAAAGGCUGUGGAUACCAUCUUGACCUACUCAUGGUGGCAGUCAUGCUUGGAGUGUGCUCUAUUAUGGGACUGCCGUGGUUUGUUGCAGCCACCGUUCUCUCCAUUUCCCACGUGAAUAGCUUAAAGCUGGAAUCAGAGUGCUCUGCUCCAGGGGAGCAGCCCAAAUUUCUUGGAAUUCGGGAGCAAAGAGUCACAGGGCUCAUGAUUUUUGUCCUUAUGGGCUCAUCUGUCUUUUUGACAAGCAUCCUAAAGUUUAUUCCCAUGCCAGUGCUUUAUGGAGUGUUUCUUUACAUGGGUGCUUCAUCUCUAAAGGGAAUUCAGCUUUUUGACAGGAUAAAGUUAUUCUGGAUGCCUGCAAAGCAUCAGCCAGAUUUCAUCUAUCUGAGACACGUUCCUCUAAGAAAGGUCCAUCUCUUCACUGUAAUCCAGCUGAGUUGUCUUGUGCUUCUGUGGAUCAUAAAAGUUUCAAGAGCUGCCAUUGUCUUUCCUAUGAUGGUUCUUGCUUUGGUGUUUGUCCGAAAGCUGAUGGAUUUCUUCUUCACUAAGCGGGAGCUCAGCUGGUUAGAUGAUUUGAUGCCUGAGAGCAAGAAAAAGAAGCUGGAAGAUGCUGAGAAAGAGGAAGAGCAAAGUAUGUUAGCAAUGGAAGAGGAAGGGACUGUUCAGUUACCACUAGAAGGACAUUACAGAGAUGACCCAUCUGUGAUCAACAUUUCUGAUGAAAUGGCAAAAACUGCUGUGUGGAAGACAUUACUGAUAUCCUCAGAGAAUGCAAAAGAUAAGGAGUCAAGCUUUCCUUCUAAAAGUGCUGAAACCAGGAAGGAGAAGAAAGCUGACUCAGGGAAAGGCGUCGACCGGGAGACUUGUCUAUGACUUGCUCUUCAAUUAAGUUUUGAAACAAAUGAAUGACUGGAGUGCCACAACCACUAAAUAUAAAUGAUUUGAGCUUGUAAACGUUUGUCUUUCAUCUCAAAACUAGCACAGGUAAUGUAGUGCAAUAUUUGUCUCAUUUCACCUUGUCUCCGUGUCUCCCUUGUCUGGUAUUCCCUGUUAAGUCUGCAGUAGGCAAUGCAAAACGAAUCUUGGAUCACCUUUGCUGAUACAGGCUGUUUCUCAGUAUUCAUAGCAUACAUUUGUCAAAGUUUCUUUCAUAUUCAACUUUCCUGUUAAUAGGUUUGUACUGUAUUUUGCUACUCUUUUCUGUCUGAGAAUACUUAAUACUCUUCGUUCAGGAUGAACUUGAAAACAUUUGUUCCAAUUUUUACUUUCGUUUUUUAAAGUCACAGGACUAGACUUAAGUCAUUUCAGGAGACCCAAACUGGCAAGCAGAAGUUUUUAAAGUACCAAUCUGAUCUGACCCUGUGAACCAACUUAAGAAGGAUAAUCCUUUCCUCCUCGAGCUGUCCUUUUGAAGUCACAGAUGACUCAACGCAAUGAGGAUUGCAGGGUCAGAUUCUGUAUUGGUGAAGUUUUCCUUGCUUCAGUACAGUGAAUUUACUAUUCCAAUUUGUAUGUAACUGGAACAUAGUCAUAUAAAUAUAUAUAUAUAUAUAUAAGAAAAUCUCUAUUUAAAAUCUAUGUUAGAACAUUCUCUCACCUUAGUUGAAGAAGACCACCACAUCCUUUGAUGUGAAACAUGGGUACAGUAUUUCUUACGACGCGGUCUGUGAUUAGAGUUAUCUUCUCUUGUCUUGUAUGAAUGUUGCUGUGCUAGGCCAAACAAUGCAUUAUGGCAUUCAUCAAGCCAUCAUUUUAUAAGUGGGAAAGUUUUCUAGCUACAAACCUUUACCCCACAGGCAGUUCUACACUUGACCAAGGAUUUUCCUCUUUGUUGCCCAAGUACAGCCACAGAAAGAGCUUAUUUGUAUUAUCUUCUCUUUACUAACAACUGUAAGCCUGCUCUAGGGUAGGGUGUCCCUGCCCAUGGCAGGGGGGUUGGAACUGGCUGAUCCUCGUGGUCCCUUCCCAACCCUGACUGAUUCUAUGAUUCUAAUUUCAGGGGUGGUGUAUAAAUACAUAAGUGGGUAGCUUGCUGUUGGUUUUGUUAAGGCUCUUCACUAUUCCAUCAAGUAAAUGUCUAUUACAAGAUAAAAAGACAACAUUGCAAAAUCAAAGGUGGCUUUACAGAGACAUUUCUCAUCAUGGAUUUUGUUACUGCCUGAUCCUUCAAGCUGUUCUUUUGUGUAAAACAAGGACUAUGAGAUUAGGUUCUAUGAGAGCUAUGGAGCAAAAGUUUUAUUGUGUUAUUUGGAAUUUUAUGGGGGUUUACACUUCUUUUUUUAAAGAUGAUUUUUAAAUUAUUAAAUGAAAGCUAAAUCUUUACUAUGCUGGCACUUUGAAUCCUACAAAUAAGGUUAGCCUUGUAAGCUUUUUAACAACCCCAUCUACAGGGCUUUAACAUUCCUAGCUGAAAAGUAAAACCCACUGAACGAGUUCUGUUCUUUCUGAUGCCAUCACUUUGAAUCCUACACAUAAGGUUAGCCUUGUAAGCUUUUUAACAAGCCCAUCUACAGGGCUUUAACAUUCCCAGCUGAAAAGUAGAAUCAUAGAAUCAACCAGGUUGGAAGAGACCCAAGAUCAUCCAGUCCAACCUAGCACCCAGCCCUAUCCAGUCAUCUAGACCAUGCCACUGAAUUAGUUCUGUUCUUUCUGAUGCCAUCACUUUGAACCAUACACAUAAGAUUAACCUUGUAAGCUUUUUAGCAACCCCAUCUACAGGGCUUUAACAUUCCUAGCUGAAAAGUAAAACCCACUGAAUGAGUUCUGUUCUUUCUGAUGCCAUCACUUUGAAUCCUACACAUAAGGUUAGCCUUGUAAGCCUUUUAACAAACCCAUCUACAGGGCUUUAACAUUCCUAGCUGAAAAGUAGAAUCAUAGAAUCAAGCAGGUUGGAAGAGACCCAAGAUCAUCCAGUCCAAUCUAGCACCCAGCCCUAUCCAGUCAACUAGACCAUGCCACUGAAUUAGUUCUGUUCUUUCUGAUGCCAUCACUUUGAAUCCUACACAUAAGGUUAGCCUUGUAAGCCUUUUAACAAACCCAUCUACAGGGCUUUAACAUUCCUAGCUAAAAAGUAAAAACCACUGAAUAAGUUCUCUUCUAGCUUAAACCUUGCAGCCCAGCUUUCAAAAUGUGAUAAUCUUCCCAUCAAGAACAUCCAUCACACUUCAAGUACUCCUUCUAAUGUUUUUUUGUGUGUGUGUGUGUAUGUUUUACUGCUUAGCCAUAACUGGUAAGUGCAUUUUGCUGCAAACUAAUAGGGUCACUGUUCUAAAAUCGACUUAGCAUUAUCAAAGGCCAUUUUUAUGGAGAGGGAAAACAAAAAUCAUUCCAAUGGACACAAAGAUGGAUUUACAUUUAAUGCAAUGUUUGUAUUUGUAAAUUUAGGGGGUGAAAAAAAAAAAACAAGCUGAUACAUUAAGAUUAAAUGCUUUGUUUUUGUGCAUUUGAUGAUAAAUUGUAAGAUUCCAAUUGUUUUAAGGUUAGUAUAGAAGUCAAAUACUGGUUUGUCCCAAAAGCAGCCUGGUGGUGUUUUAAUAUAUUGCUGACUUUGUUACAGAUCAUGUAAACAAGCAAAGUGUAUUAGUUUCACUCAACCAACUCUUAGAUCUAUUAAGAAGUCAGUGUAUUCAAUGGCAUUCUGUAUUUCUGUUCAGUAUUUCAGAGUGGUUUUAUUUGAAAGCAAUCACUCUGGUCUUGUGUGAAUUUAAAUGCUAUUCCACUGUUAAAUCUUUUAACACUCUGAAAUCACACACAAUAGAAAGCAAAUGUAGUGCUGUAUUUACUUCUAAUUUAUAUAUAUAUAUAUUCCUGGUCAAAUGACUCAAUUUCUUGGUUGUAAUUUAUUACAGAAGUUUAUGUGUACAUGUGAAUAGACUAUUGUGUUUUUCACAAUUAAGAAAUGUUAUGUGAAAAUAAAUAUUUAUCCUAACUAA